CUGAAAAGUGAAGGACCGGUGCGCUUUGCGCACACUUCCCUCCCUAGCUCCGGACCAGGCUCCCACGCUGCUGCCGCCUCUCUUCCAAACUUUUUCGUCCCUUUCCACAACUUGUCCCAUCUCUGCACACGUCCGAGGCAUCAGAGUUGGCUGCAUGGCUGCAUGAAAGUUUCAUGGACUUGGAACUUGGGAAACUUUUAGCGGCGCUUUUUUGGAGCUAGUCGCUUCUAUAGUUACUGUGGAUUACUGACAUACUGCAGGACCUUUCGCAGCUAUUUACUGGGGGUUCUCAUCGCGUCUUCUGCAGAGGUCCAAGUCGAGAUGGGGAGCAAAGCCCUACACGCUCCGAUCCCCCUGCACCCUGCUCUGCAGCUCACAAACUAUUCCUUCCUACAGGCCGUCAACACUUUCCCCGCUGAUCAGCUGCAGGGACUGUACGGCCUCAGUGCGGUGCAGACCAUGCACAUGAACCACUGGACUCUUGGUUACCCGCAUAUCCAAGGACUGAGGUCGACAAUCACAGAGAUGGCAGCCGCACAGGGUCUGAUGGACCCCAGGAUUCCCUUCCCAGCGAUACCCUUCACAGCAGCGCAGCUCUUUCAUCCAAAACAAGCCGGCGUUGCGCACGGCGUUCCCUCUCUGCACAAAGACAGGCCGAGGUUUGACUUCGCCAACUUGGCCCUCGCUGCCACUCAGGAGGACCCGCCGAAAGCUGCGGAUCUGGCGAAGUUGGCAUCGGGACUAGGGGGAACCAUCUCUGAGCUGAGCAAGCUGUCCCCGGACAGAAAACCUACCCGGGGCAGGCUCCCUUCCAAGACUAAAAAGGAAUUUAUUUGCAAGUUCUGCGGAAGGCAUUUCACCAAGUCCUACAACCUCCUCAUUCACGAGAGGACCCACACGGAUGAGAGGCCGUAUACCUGUGAUAUUUGCCACAAGGCCUUCAGAAGACAAGAUCAUCUCAGAGACCACAGAUACAUCCACUCCAAGGAAAAACCAUUUAAAUGUCAAGAAUGUGGGAAGGGAUUCUGUCAGUCUCGAACUCUAGCUGUCCAUAAAACCCUACAUAUGCAGGAGUCUCCCCACAAAUGCCCCACAUGCGGAAGAACCUUUAAUCAAAGAAGUAACCUGAAAACUCACCUUCUCACCCAUACAGACAUCAAGCCCUACAGCUGUGGCCGCUGCGGAAAGGUGUUUCGGCGCAACUGUGACUUGCGACGGCACAGUUUGACGCACAGCCCACAUCUGGACUACUAGCCUGGACAGACAAUGAGAUAACAAUGGACAAAACGCAGGAAGACAAGCCAGAGACUUCUUUUGUUUCUUAAACAGUCUCCAAAUCAGGAACUGUUUACUGCAGCACAUUUGAGUGGGAUUGGUUGCACCGCAAGUGUGGGACAGCAGUGGAGCCGUGGCCACGUCCAGCUCUCCAGCCAUGGACAUGUCCUGUAAAUAUAAAGACCAUGUACAUAAUAUUAUUUUUUAUUUUCUUUUCUGGCCUUACAAAUAUAAAGUUGUCCAAAAAAGCAAUCAUAAGUUUAAAGUAUGUUAAAUUGUAUU